AUGAUUAAUAUUGCUAAUUUGUUAUCUCAAGCAGGACAUGAAGUUACUAUAAUACAUGCACCAUCAAAAUCUGAUAUGUAUGAUAAAAAUGUUAAAGGACCAAAAAUAGCCAAACCGUCAGUAUUAACUGUAGAUAUUGAUUAUAUAAAAGAAUAUCUUGAUAAUCAUAAUAAAAAAGCAUGGGAUGAAAAUCAUGAAAAUCCUUUAAACUUUAUAAAUCAAAUGUAUAAAUUUUCAAGCAUAUUGGCCACUAAUUGUGAAAAUAUUAUAAAUGACAAUAUUCUUACACAAAAAAUGAGAGAUGAAAAUUUUGAUCUUGGUAUUGCUGAAUUAUUUGUUCCAUGUGGAUUAGGAAUUUUAAAAUAUUAUAAUAUUAAAAACACUAUAACUGUUUUUUCAGGAUGUGCAUUUGAUUCAUAUUAUGAAGGUCUAGGUUUAACAGUUCCUGUUUCUCAACUUCCAACAUCUGUUGCACCAUUAUCAAAAGAAAUGAAUCUUUUUGAAAGAUUAAUAAAUUUAGGUUCAUAUAUUUCAUUAAAAAAAAUUUACUCUGAUUCAGUAAUGAUAGGAAAUUAUGUAUUUGAAAAAGUUUAUCCUGAAGGACAAAUUGAUUUACACAAAUUAUUUAAAGAAACAUCGUUUUUAAUUGAUAAUUGUGAUCCUCUAUUAAGUUUUGGAUCACCUACAACACCAAAGUUUUUACAUUUAGGUGGUUUUUUAAAUCGUGAUCCAAAACCACUUUCUGAAGAAUUUAAUAAUGUAUUAAAAAAAAGAAAAAAGAAUGUUCUUAUAUCAUUUGGUUCAUUUACCAAAAGUAGUACAAUGAAAGAAAAUAUGAAAAAGAAUUUAAUCAAAUUAUUUAAAGAAUAUUCUGAUACAACAUUUUUAUGGAAAUUUGAUGAAAAAAAUAUUGAGUUUUUAAAAGAUAUUGAUAACGUUUAUUUAUUCAAAUGGUUACCACAACUUGACUUAUUAGCUGAUUCUAGAAUAUCUCUUUUUAUUACUCAUGGUGGUAUGAAUUCAUUUUUAGAAGCAUCUAAAUUUGGUGUUCCAUUACUAGUAAUUCCUUUAUUUGGUGAUCAACCUAAAAAUGCAAAAAUUAUAGAACAAUUAAAAUUAGGUAAAAUUAUUACUAAAUCUGAAUUAAAUAAUAAUUACAAAAAAUUAAAAAAAACAUUUGGAAAAAUUUUAAAUAAUGAUUUAUAUAAAGAAACAUCUAAAAAAAUGUCACUUAUGAUUGCAGAAAGACCAUAUAAUCAAAAAGAAACUUUUAUUAAAUAUGUUGAAUUUGCUUCAAAAUUUGGUGCUGUAGAACAUUUUACAAUUCCAUAUUCAAAUAUUCCAUUUUGGAAAUAUUUUUAUUUGGAUGCCAUAUUAAUAUUGAUAGGAAUUAUUUUUCUAAUUGUUAAAAUUAUUAAAAUAUCUCUUAAAAAACUUGGAAAAUUUUUUAAUAAUAAUCAUAAAGAUAAAAAAAUGGAAUAA